AAAAAAAAAAAAAAAAAAAAAAAACCCCUCCUCUCUGGCUCGAAUCCAAACUAACAGACGUCAACAACGCCAGUCUCGCUCAACUCAUCUGCUGCAUGCUGUUCCUUCUCCCACCAACCUCAAACUGACAUCAAGAAUGAUAUGAAGGGGUCACAACUUAUGAUAAGAGCGGAUAUUAAAGCGCGGUGGGUUGUUCAGCGGGAGAGUUAUCUUCACGAGGAGAUUCGUGCCCUGCGCAAGACCUCAUCACUACAGCCACUAGUGCCGCAUCCGCACCUCCACGUCCUUUCUCCCCUCACAGCCGAAGAAAAACCACAACUCAGCGCCUAUGAAGCACAACUCCGCCACUUAGACACUCAAUACACAGAACACAAGCGCUACAUGUGGUUCCUAGAAGGCGGGAAACCACUAUCCGCCCUUGGCCGGGCAUUCGAGACAUGUCGGAAAAAUCCAAACUGGUAUCUAUCCAAAUGGUUGCGUCGGGACUGUGCUGGGCGCGGGGGAUGUUGUGGACGAAGCUGUGAAUGCUGUGGGAGGUCUAGGGAGAUUGUGCGCUGGGAAUGGAGGAGGGGGGGUUGUACUAGUGCUUGUGGGUGUUGUGUGCGUGCUCAUGCUGUCAGUGGUGUGGAGGGGAAGGGGAAUAGGAAGGUGGAUGAUUAUUUGGAAAUGCCAGCUAGUAUCACUGGUUCUUGUAAAACGAUGUAUAAUGUGCGAAUGCAUUUUGCGUAUAUAUGGGGGUUUGACUUAUUGGAUGACGUUAAUGGGAGGUGAUUCGAGAUGUAAAGGACAAAAACACUGUCCAAAUACGGC